AUGAUAAAGGGAUCAUGGGUUGUACUCGAUCGGCAAGUUCUUACGACGGACCAUUCCAUCUCCUUGGAACCAUUCACGACGGAACUGCUUGGCAGCACCAUCUGGAGUGUUGGUCCAUUCGACAGUGAUACGGUCAUUGUUGGUGUCCUGAAAGAGGAAAAUAGGCAACUGACAACUUGUUUGCAAGUGAACAAACCUCCUGUCCGAAGGCAAAAGCAUCACAGGACACAGCCAAAAGAACAGCUUCCUUUGGGUCGAGAACUCCACAUGGUGGAUCGACUCCAAGUCUCUUCAUGUUGGUUGUCUUGA